AUGCCUCGAAGGACAGCUUCAUCGUCCGUCCCGGCCGUUGCAGCUGGCGACGAUGCCCAGGUCCAGCAACGGGCUGGGUCUCUGACGAAACUCCUGACCGACCACGACUUUGCCGACUCGUUCCAUGGCGAGACCUCAUCCAAGUUCGGUCGCAGGAUGGCCAGCGCGCCACAUGCCGAUGCAGAGGGCGAUGCCGACAUGGGCGGCGACGACGGCCGCAACGGCAGCCUCAGUGCGGGCGCCGCUGCAAACGGGCUGGCUAAUGGCACUGCUGGGUCCCGCCUGCCACGUCGCGGCAGCUUUGACUUCGAGGCCUCGCCCGUCGACAUCAACGAGCUCAUGCUGCGCCAGCUCAAGGAGGAUCGCGACGGCCUGCGCUACGAUGUUGAGUGGACUCGCCACCAGGUUGAGCUUGCUGACAUCACGCCCGCCGAGUCACGCACCUACCAGCUGCGCCUGCUGGACCUCGGCCACCAGCUGCGCCAGAUCAACCACCGCAUCCACAUGCGAGAGGCCGAGAUGCACAACUACCGCUUCGGCCCUGCUCCAGCCGCGUACAACCAGCCAAUGUAUGCCCCCAACCCUGCCCAGCAGGCCUUCUUCAUGAGUGCCGAGCCUCCCCAGGAGCGCCGUGGCCCAGGCCGCCCCCUCGGAUCUAAGAACCGCGCGCGCGACUCUCUGGGUGGUUCCUCUUCCACCCCCGGCUCCCAGGGCCCCCCGAUCAGCGCUCAGAAGGCUGCUGCUCUGGCGAGCGCCGGGGCUAAGCGCAUCCUGCCCAACGAGAUCACCGUGGCGACGCCUAGUGGCGACAAGAGCGACUCGGCCCCGCUGGCAAAGCGCCCUCGGGUUGAGGUCGGCUCACCUCUUGGCAGCCCCGCCGACGAGGACACUAGGAUGGCAGUCGAUCCCGGCAACGUGGUUCAUAGCGGCGAUACCACUAACGAGGAUACCGCCGUGGAGAAUGGCUCUGCCGCCGGUCACGCCAACACCUCUGUCCUGGCUGCCCCGGCCCCGUCCACCCCGACCGUCCCAUCCAUCUCUGCCAGGGGCGCCAGCGCACAAUCACAGCCCAAUUCCAGCGCGGGAGCCGCCCGCACUACCCCCGGAGGCACCGCCGACGAGACCGGCCCAGGGGGCAGCGCCUACCAGCGGCUUGGCCACUGGAUGUGCACGCUGUGCACGUCCCAGAAGUACCUACAAGCACCGCCGCCCAAGCAGCCCUCCGAGCCCUCGUCCUGGCCCCUGCGAGAUGUCAGUAAGAUAGUUACGCACUAUACGCGCAUGCACAACGAGCACAACCGGAUGGAGCGCUGCAUGGAGCUCGGCACCGCCCUUCAGGCCAACCUCGGCCCCUUCCGCUACUGGAUCCAGGAGACGAAGCGCGAGAAGAUUACGCUCGAGGAGGUCCGCGAGGCCCUCGCCACCCUGAACCGGGGCGAACUGCCUGACCUCCUGCGACGCUUCUCGACCGCCGCGCGGGCUUUUCCGAGCUAG